CCGCCUGCGCACGCGGCGAUGGCAGAGGGCGGAGCUGGGGCGGCCAUGGCGGGCGGCCAGGCCGGGGCAGCGCGGUCCCGGUCGCUGUUCCUGUGGGAUGACGGGCGUCCUAUGCGGUUCUACCUGCGGCCCGGUCUGGCCAAGAUGCGCCUGGCGCCCCUAGUGCUGGCGGGCGGCGGGAGGCUGUGCCGGGUGCAGGAGCCGGGGGCCGUGCUCCUGGUGCAGCCCGGCGAGGCGGCUCCCGACGGGGCCGUCUCGACCGAGUACGUGACGGAGUGUGUGGAGCGCAACCAGCGGCUGCCUCUGGAGCCGUUCCUGCUGGCCGCCCGCGGCCGCCUGGCCUUCACGGAGGCGGAGGAUGCAGCGCUGCUGCGGGCGGUGCGCGGCCAGGGCACGGUGCGGGUGAGCGGCCGUGCGUUGUGGAUAGAGCUGGAGCGGAGCGGCGUGACGCGGCACAGCUGGCAGGCCAUGCGUGACCGCUACCUGCGGUACCUGCGGCCGCGGCUCUGGGAGCCCCCGCAGACGGAGGAUCCCACGCAGAUCAGGGGUCUGUUCGCGGCAGCUAAUCGGGAGUUCGAAAGCACGGAGUCAGAAAGUGACUCUUCAGAUGUUGCAGAACUUUCUAUGCAAGAUGGAGUGGAAAGGUCCCCAGGAGAAACAGCAUCCGAUCUGAAAACUGGGCCAGAGGACUCUGCCUUCCCUCAUACUCAGUUACAAAGGCAAGAAGGACCAAAAAGCACUUGUUCGUCUUCCAGCGUGGUGGGACAGGUAGUAAAAACUAUGGAGCACUUCAUGGAGAAGUUUGCUGUGGACCUGUUCACUGUUACACAGGCCUUUCUGAAAAACAGCGGUGAUGUGGAGGCUACUUCAUACUUUCUGCAGACAGGGCAGCGCUUGGAUGGGUGCCCUGUAUGGAGCAGAGAGGAUGAUUUAGAAUUGCAAAAAGAUGAUGAACAUGUCAGGAAUAAGUUGAUAGCCAGAUAUGGAGCCGAAAACGUAGCAAAGCGGAUUGUGUUUAGAGAGAGUUAACAAGACGACAUUACUGAUUUAGUACAGUUGCAGGAAUUUAAUGGUAAUUUCAGAAACACAGUGGAAAAUUUCAUCAAUGUUCUGAAGUUUCAGAAAUGCUUUAAAGUUUUUUUUUUGUAUUAAAAGGCUUAUUUUGCAUCUCUGCAGAUCUAAGAGAUGCACCUCUUUAAUCCAAACAAAGUAAGGCUUUUACCAGGCUAUAUAUUCUAGUUGGGAAAAGUACACCAGUUUUCAGGGCUAUGAGUAAUAGUUGAAGUAGGAAAUGAAAGUUAAGAGAGAAUGAUCAGAGGUUAUGUAUCUAUCACCUAAAUUGUGUUCGAGAGAGAACACCAUUGCUAGGAUACAGUCAUAAUCUAAAAAACUUGGUACUUUUAGCCUGAAAUUGUGCUCUGGUUGCUUAUUUUAAUAUUAUUUGAAGUGAGCCCUAAAAAUCUGGAAUUCACUCUUGUGAAAUGAAAUGGGCUGGUAAAGGCGAAGAUUGUUUUGUCUUGUGGGGUUGGUUGGUUGGUUGGUUUGUUACAUCUCUAAAGGGUUAACAUUUUGGGGUUUUAGCAUGUUCUGCUGUGGCACUCAGAAAAUUAAGGUGAAUUGGGAAAUGGCUGAUGUCAAGCCACGUGAAAAUCAUACCAAAAAUAAAAAACAACAUCAUGAAAGUGGUGUUUCAGGAAGCCACUGCAAUACCUACUGAUUAUUUGAGAAGUUACCGAAUGUAACCAAAUAAAUGCUAAAACAGCAGUAUGCAGUGUUUCACUGGACUGAAAAAGUGAGAAUUAUUUGCCAUAGUCAUGCUAUUCAGACUUUCAGCAAUUACUUGAGAUUCAUGUGGAAGCUAGACAAGCACUUAAGGAGAGAAUGCAAGACAACAUAGCAAAUAAAGUAAAUUUUUUAAAUUAUUAUUAUUAUUAUUAGAAAUGUUACUCUCUUGGUUUGAAAUCCAGGUUUUGCUGAUGACCAGGUUCAUGAACAGAAGACCUGUCACUUCUUGCAGCUGAAAACUCCCAUUGUAGCUUGAGCUGUGAAUGCAUCUCAGCAGCACCAUAGUGUUGCAAUGGUCUUGUUUAACAAAACUGCUCCAGAAUUCAAAGUGAGAAGUAGAAUACAUUAAAUAGCUGCAGUAUAAAAUUAUCAUAUUACUCUGUCUUUUGUAAUUCUAAGUGACACUUACUUAGAGUGAGUUUGUCAUAUUGGGGCAGUUAGUCUAAGGUGCAGUAUAAACUUCAAGAGUCCACCUACAAUAUUU